GAGAUGAUAGUGUUUAAAGAAAGAGUUGAGAUCAUAUAAUAAAGAGAAAGACUGAGAGAAAGAGAAAAUGCCUGAUGAGUGUCAUCUGUGUCUGCUGGGACUGAUCUUUCUCUCUUCACUUCUCACAGGUAUCAGUGGAGUGGAUGAUGCUCGUGUGUUCAUCAGUUCUGGUGAAGAUGUCCGUCUGCCCUGUAAUAAUGCUCUUCAUGACUGUACAUCAACUACAUGGCUCUAUAACAGAUUCAGUCAUUCAGAAGCAGUUGAACUGAUUCAUUUAGGGAGAAAGAAAGACACAGAGAGACAUGAGAGACUGAGUCUGGGGUCUGACUGCUCUCUGAACAUCAGGAACAUCUCAACAGAAGAUCAUGGAUCUUACAGCUGCCAACAAUGGACUGGUGUGGGUGGAGAACGACUAAGACCUGAUGCUCGUGUUUAUCUGCAUGUUCUUCAUGUCUCAUCCUCACAGACUGAGAUCAGUGCAGAUCUCUCUGUGACUCUCUUCUGUCAGCUGUAUUCAUAUCCUCGAGUCUCUUGUGAUGAUUCGGUCAGUUCUGAGAGAAUUUAUCUGUUCUGGGUGAAUCAGGCUGGUGUUAAACUGACGAGAUCAGACUCCAGAUAUCAGAUAUCAUCCUCAUCAGAUCACUGUAUCAGCUCUCUGAAUACAACACUCCUGAAUGAAGAUCACAACAGAGAGUGGAGAUGUGAAGUUACUCACAGAGAUCAAGUCAAGAGCUCAGUCACAUACACUGUCAAGAGUUCAGCUCCAGCUGAUUCAACGACAACAGUGAAUCUAGUCACAAAAUCAACUACAGCAGCAGAAGUGAUUUCAGUCCACAGCCCAAACUCACCUACAGCAGCAGGGAUUACUACACAAGUGACUGUGAUUAUGAUUGUUGUCGGUGCUUCAUUCAUUCUUCUCCUUCUUGCUCUGAUUCUUUGGCUGAUGAUUCGUAAAAAAAGAUCCGGUGAGUUUCUAGAGUUCAGUCCAGAACAUCUGACUCAGUAUUAAACAGAGUUAAACUAA